AUGUCAUCCACACUGUCUACUCCGUCAUUGUCUCAGUUUCCGACGCCGAACCAAACCCCCAGGCUUCCCACUCCCCCGAACUCGCCAGAGGAAACGCAUCCCCAUAUCAUGAGUGCGGAAGAGAACGAAAUUCUUGCGCAAGAGUCUACGCGGCUGACUGAAUCUGGCGAUGAUUUCGCUCCAACGAUCACCUCACUCCUGAACGAAUAUACCGACAGAAUGAAGCAAAUACAGAGGCGGAGACUAGCUGAACAGAAAGGAGAACAUGAGAUACUUUAUGCAAAACUUAGAAGACAAAAAGACUCAGCGCUGUCUGGUCUGAAGCAGGCGCAAGAUCUUACCACCAGAUACAAGCAGGAACUUGACGCAAAAGUCAUUGAAGAGGAGCAGCUCACUGAGAAGAUGAAAACCCUAGAGAAGCUGCUUGCUGAGACAGCCACGCAACUUUCAGACACUACGAAGGCGUAUGCUGAGAAAGAGGAAAUAUGGAAUUCUGUCAUGGGUCCCCUGGCGAGGUUAGAGAACGACAACAACGAAAUCCGGGAGCAGCUGGGAGAAAUAAAACAGCAGCUAGAGGGGACCAAUGCUUCAAUUGCCGAGGAAAGAGCUAUCAGUGACAGAAACCUCUCAGAACUCGCUUCUGUGAGAGACAAACUAGCUGAGGAAAAAGUCCAGCGAGCCGCCGUCGAACGCAGGUUGAACGAGCAAGACGAUAGAGUGAGACUGCUCAGCAACAGAAUUAUAUACUUGAAGGCGAGCAAAUUGCAGCUUCGCUCCGAGUUGAACCAGGCUAGAAGAGAAGCUGAACAAGUGAAUCGGCUGCGUUCCGCAAACGAAGAGCUCGGAGCCAGGUGUGAAACACUGACAAGAGACGUUUCCGACCUCAGAGACGUCCGACAUCACCACGAAGACGAAAUCAGGAGAAUGAAGCAGCAGCAGGAUACAAUGACUGGCGCGAUCCACCACUUGACCAGCGAGGUGCAAGUGGAGCAAAAACGAAGUGAGCAACUGCAGUCAAGUGUAUCGGAUCUGGAACAGAAACGCGACGGGCUCAAUAAUCAGCUUCAACAUCUCCAGGGAGAGUAUAAUGAUCUCACAGGUGCCCUCGCAAACGCCCAUGAAGCGGCUCGACGUGCGGAGAUUUGCAUGCAGUGGGUGGUCAUUGCUCAUCGAGCUCGUUGUCGCUCACUGAAGGCCGAAGUAGCAGAGCUCAAGUCAAGUCGGCUGCCCAAGGUUGAAGCAAAGCGGAGCUUAGCAAACAUCAGACGUGGAAACUCUCCGGCCAGGUUGGGCGUGGUUGAGAGGCCUCCAGUGACCAUUCGCAAACCUCGUUGGAAAAAUCAGACUGUUAACUCAAUCACUACCAGUGCCGCUGCCUAUCUGUUUUGGCUUUGCAAAACCACUGGCUUACGCAGUGCCUUAUACGCAUUGACAACUAGUUGUAAUCACGAGGAGAUCAAGGCUAGGUGCCAGCCAGGGAUGAUCCAGAUAUACCAGCUGUAUCCUAACAGCAAGAUAGGAGCAACCCAGCUGAAAAAACGGCUCGCCAAUGUUGGAUUGCCAAAAGACCACGAUUAUUCUCGGCCUACUUCUGAAGUCACAGAUACUAAAGUAUUAGUAGAAGUCCAUGAGGAUCGGGCACAAGAGCAAGCCCAACAGCCUGCCGCUAUUCCGUCCCAAUUCCAGCCGGAGCACAACAACAUCUGCAAAGCUACAGGCCGAAUUUUGACCGUCAGGCAUCCAAGAAGAAUCCAAGAAAGAGUAGCACAAAAGGACGACUUAGGAAUCCCGUCUGCAGUUCUCCCCGCUCACGGUCCAUCACAGUCUUGCAGUCUGGGUAUUCGCGUCGGUCGCAGACCCAGCUACUAUCUCCGUACAUUUGGGCAGAAGCCGGAUCGCGGUGUACUAUGA